UUAUCAAGGCUGCUGAUCUCGAGAGAUCAGUGCAUCUAAGAGACGACAGUUUCAGCAUCAGGUGUGAUGUUACGGUUAUGAAGCCUGUACGUAAAGUUAAUCGGUUUAUUGCGGUUCCUCCAAGUAACUUGCACCAGCAUCUCGGUGACCUCCUCAUCAGCAUUGAUGGAGCUGAUGUGACCUUUCGGGUUGGCGGGGAAAGCUUCUUGGCCCAUAGGUCCGUGCUCGCUGCUUGGUCAUCAGUAUUCAGAGCGGAGCUCUUUGGCCCCAUGAAGGAGAGUGGGAACAGUCUGAUUGAAAUUAGCGAUAUGGAAAGUCACGUGUUCAAGUCUUUGCUCCACUUCAUUUACACGGACUCACUGCCUGUUCCUGAGACAACUGAUGUGGGUGAAACAGGAAGAGACGUGGCGAUGGCUGGUCAUCUACUUGUUGCGGCAGACAGGUACAAUAUUGAGAGGCUCAAGCUGAUAUGCGAAGAGAAGUUGUGCAACCUCAUUGACUCUGACGUCGUGGCGACUAGUUUGGCUCUAGCUGAGCAGCACGGCUUGCAUAGAAUCAAGGAGGCCUGUUUUGAGUUCCUCGCUUCGCCUUCCAAUUUGGAGGCGUGA